CGGUGGCCGCCGGGGUCAGCGGUGCCGUCGCCGCUCGUUUCUCCUCCCCGCUCGGCUGCCGCCGACCCCGGGGAAAAGGGGAGGGAAGGAGAGAGGAGUCGGCAGGGAGAGCUUUGAGGGGUGGUGGUUUGUGGUGACCAUCGGCGAUGUCCGUGUGUGUGGACGGCCGGCGAGGCCUCCGCCCGCCUUCCCGCCGGCAAAGCGAGCGUUGGGCCGGGCCGUGAGGCGCGGAGGGGCUCGGGGGGUCCGUGUGUGUCCGUCUGUGUGUGUGUGGGGACGGGGAUAACCCCCCCAGCGAGGCGCUGAGGAACCGGCCUGACCCGGAGCUGUCCCGGCUGAGGAUGGGGAUCCUCUUCACCAGGAUAUGGAGGCUGUUCAACCAUCAGGCAUCCAGCCCCACCUCAGACCUUCUGUUCCAGCUGAUUUCCUAACAUCCACUAUGCUGGCAACAACCACACCAGAAACAAAAGUCCCUAGUUAUGUGGGGUCAGAGCACAAAGUAAUCAUUGUUGGUCUGGAUAAUGCAGGAAAAACCACCAUUCUGUAUCAAUUCUCCAUGAAUGAAGUGGUUCACACCUCACCCACCAUUGGGAGCAACGUGGAGGAGAUUGUGGUCAACAACACCCGGUUCCUGAUGUGGGACAUUGGAGGGCAGGAAUCUCUCCGCUCUUCAUGGAACACCUACUACACAAACACUGAGUUUGUGAUAGUUGUUGUGGACAGCACAGACAGAGAGCGAAUUUCUGUGACUAAAGAAGAGCUGUAUAAAAUGUUAGCACACGAGGACUUAAAAAAAGCAGGUUUGCUGAUCUUUGCUAAUAAGCAAGAUGUUAAAGAGUGUAUGACAGUAGCUGAAAUAUCUCAGUUUCUGAAACUGACUUCAAUUAAGGAUCACCAGUGGCACAUUCAGGCAUGCUGUGCUCUAACUGGAGAAGGACUGUGCCAAGGACUCGAAUGGAUGAUGUCAAGACUUAAGAUCAGAUGAUUUUUAAUGACCUCUUUGCACAGACAUUGCUUAAGAAGAGCUGUACCCAUGAUUACCUUCACAGUGGCAGAAUUAAUGGGUUAGAUGUAUUUAUACUGAACUGAUUUCAACUUUAUUUUCUACAUAGAUGCACACACACGUACCUGUACAUAAAUUAAGACCACUCAGCAAAAAGAAAGAUGCAGUUGAGGCUCCAGUUUGGUUUCCUGUUUGUUUUCCUCCAAGGCCACGGGUGACAGCUGUGAUCAGAGCCUUCUUUUUGAGAUACAGCCACUCCCAGCAGCCCGGUGUUGAGCGUGGGGAAGGGGAACUGAGAGGAAGGAGCUGUUAAUUUUGGACUUUAUUAUUCCAUUGUAGUCCUCUCUAGUUGAAGAUGUUGGCUUCAUUAUUCCAGUAAAUUAGCAAACAAAUUGAUGGCAUAGAUACCAACUUUCCAGUAUUUUUAAGGUUACCAAUGUUACAAAUGCAAAAAUAUUUUCCUGUAUGUGUACUGUACAUAUUUAUGUAUAUUUAUACCUCAGUUUUAGGUUAAUUGCAAUCUGUUCAGACCGGUGUGUAAAGCUGAAUCAGUAUGUUGACAGCAGUACUAAUACUUGACAUGGCCAACCUGUCAUGACUUCUUUCCCUCUGUUCUCUCUCUGGCUGUAGCAUCUGUCAGGCGGUCGGCUCACCACAAACUCAUAAAGCAAACUCUCUCUCUUGAAGAUCAGUGCUUCUUUCUCAAGUGAUUUUUCUUCACCCAGGGAGGAUGCCUUAAUGAUCAGGGCACAGAGACUGAACUUCAGAUUACAGUGUUGGCAAACAGUUAAAAUUUGCCAAAGAGUUUAAAAGGAAACAUUUUCUGUUUUGUUCUUUUUUAUUGCAGUGGUCAUUGGAUGAGGUGGUUCCUUAUGGAAUGAGGUGCAUGUCAUGCUGUCCUGGGGUACUGCUUCUCUUUUUCUUUCAGUAGUGCUCAUUUUUGAGUCAGGUCUUAGUAGAAGUACCUUUAGCUGUCAUAAAGGGAAAAACGUCAUCUCUUUUUUGUUUUGAUUUUUUGUUUUUAAUUUGUUUUUUUUUUUUAACCAAAGAAGAGGCACAAAAGUAUGUUUAAAAGUCCCACUGGAAUCUUCCAAACCAAGUCAUACUCUCAAUUAAGUGUUUUUUUCAGCUCUCCUUUGAUAGCAUAAAAUAUCUGUGUGCAAUGGAUGGAGCUGGGAUGGGGAAGGGCAACAAACCAGGUGACACUACUGGAAGUGACCCCUUGAUCCUGUUCCCACAGAAGUUCCAGGGCAGCACUUCUUGAAAACACAACUCCCUUGCACAGUCCCCAGGUGAGUUGUGAAGAGGUGUCAGAACACUAUGUGAUGCUCUGCUCUUGCUGCUGUAACCAGGCAAGUGAUGCAGAGCUGCUGCUUCAGAGGGCACAGGCUUCUCCCUGGGGUGACAAGUGGGUGCUGGGAGAUGUCAGCAGUGUUGUGGGGUGCACGUGGCCUUCAUCAGAAGCUUUUAUCUUGGAGAUGUGUGUCUGGGGGGGAGUAAAGCAAAAUGAAAUAGAGCUCCUGUUGAAAAUUACCCUUCCCUUCCUUAGCUCAUACCUCUGAUAAGGAUGGAAAAGACAAUUUAAAGAAAAAAAGAAAAAAAAAAAAGGUGUAAUUUGAAUUUUUUAAGGUGCUUAUCUGUGGUUAUGGGAUAAUCUGGCCAGCUCAUCUGCCUUCCCAUUUGCCUGCUUCACUGGGGAUCAUGUUGGGAACUGGUGGGGAGGAGAAGGGAGGCAAUUCCAAAAGUCUGUAUUUAACAAAGGCAGGUAAAGAAUAUAACUUUUAAAUAUAUUUUUGGUAUCUCUUUCCGAUGCUCACCGGGUAGGGAAUCUGCUGUCUUUGUUAAACAUUUUAAUGUGUACAUGCAUAUAUUUCUAGUGCAUGCACAUAGGUAUUGGUAUUUAACUGGUGUAUUGCAAAAUGUAUAAACAUUUGAAGGAAUAACAGUUUAAUGCAAAAACUUUUUCUCAAUUUAUCUGAUAGUAUCUUCAAGAAACGAGCUCUGUGCACACUUGCAUAUGAAAUGGAAUUGUAUGUUUUCUAGUCUUAAAAAAAAGAAAAAGCAGACUUGCUUAUGAACCCAA